AUGAUAAAGGAUAUUAAAUUAUUAAAUAAUGAAUCAAUUAAUAAAAAAGAAUUUAAUAAUUUAAUAACAAAUGAAUUAUUAGAAUUUUUAAAGAUUUUACACAGAGAAUUCGAAAGUAGAAGACAACAAUUAUUAAAAGAUAGAGUUGUGAUUCAAUCAUCGAUUGUAACCAACUAUUUGGAAACUAAGAAAUCAACAACAUCAAAUCAAUCAAUUCAAUUAAAAAGACCAAGGGAAACUUUAGAGAUAAGAAAUGAUCCAACAUGGAAAGUUAGAGAAAUACCAGAGAUUUUAAAAGAUAGAAAGGUUGAUAUUGUAUGUUUGGAUGUAUCAGACUAUGAAGCAUUAAAGAGAUGUGUAUUAUCAGGUGCAAAUGGUAUCCAAGUUGAUUUUGAUGAUGGCUAUUCACCAUCGUGGUUAAAUGGUUUAAAAGCUCAAAAGAACAUUUAUGACAUCGUUAGAGAUCCCCAAUUAAAUACUCCAGAGUCUGCUUUACUCCUAGUUCGUCCAAGAUCAUUAAAUUUAGAUGAAAUGCAUAUACUGAUUGAUGGUAAACCAUUAUCUGGUACAAUUUUUGACAUGGCUACUUUUCUCUUUCACAAUGCACAAAAACUAUCUGAAUCUGGUCGUGGUCCAUUCUUUUAUAUUCCAAAGAUCGAGAACUAUAAAGAAGCAAUAUUUUGGAAUGAUCUUUUAUCAAAAUGCGAACAGUUACUUUCAAUUACUCCAUUCAGUUGCAAAUCUAUAGUUUUAAUCGAAAAUGUUUUGGCAUCCCAUGAAAUGGAGGAAAUUAUUUAUUAUCUUCGUGACUAUGUUAUUGCUUUAAAUACUGGUCGUUGGGACUAUAUUUUUUCAUAUAUCAAAAAGCUAUCAGAGUUUCCACAAUAUAACAUACCACAAAAAUCAAAAUUGGGAUUCAAUCAAGAUUUCCUCAACUCUUAUUAUCGUCUCUUGGCAAUGGUAGCCCAUAGAAGAGGAUGUCUUGCAACAGGAGGUAUGGCACCACAAUCACCUUCAACCCCAACAGGAACUCUAAGUGAUAAAGAACUCUUAUCAGUUUUUAAUGGUAAAAGAGAUGAAGCCAAAAUGGGAUUUGAUGGUGCUUUAGUUGCUCAUUUCAGCUCAGUUAGUCCAUGCCGUGAUGCCUUCAAACAAAUAAUUGGAAACAACCAUUUAAACCAUCUCACAAAUUUCCGUCACUUAAACUACACCCCUUUAGAAGCAGCCAACCACUAUUCAAAACUUUUAGAAACCUGCCAAUCCACUUUAAACGAACAAUUAAUUGCAAAUGUAUCCAUUAACGAUGUUAAAUCUUGUUUAAAAGUUUUAUAUAUCUAUAUAUACAACUGGAUUUUCAAAUUCAAAGGUGCAGUAAAUGUUGACGGUGUUGUUGAGGAUUUAGCAACUUCAGAAAUUAAUAGGGUUCUUUUAUGGAAAUGGUUAAAAUAUGGUGUUGAAAUAAAGGAAGAAAAUAACAGUCCAUUAACCAUUGAUUUAAUUUUAAAGCUAUUAACCGACAGUCAAUCAUUAGUUAAUGGCAAUACUCCUCAAAAACACUCAACAGUUAUUAAAAUCAUUUUAAUUUUUUUAACAACAAACCAACUCAUCGAUUUUAUGCCUUCAAUUUUAUAUCCCUAUAUUUUAGAUUUAAAUUUAUUAUCAAAACAAUAA